UUAUCCUAUGACAAUAUUAGCAUUUUGACUAACGAUAUAUUACACAAAAUUACUGAAGAAUUUAUUCAAACAACAAAAAAAUUUUCAUUUUGUUUUUCAAACGAAAAUCAAGUUCAAGUGUCAUUCAUAUAUACCAGUAAUUAUUAAUCGACAGUGUUCAUCAUUUGUUAAUCAUUCAUAUUGAUAUAUUGAUUGAUCAAGUGCCAUUUUUUUGUUUUCUCUUGAACAAAAGAAAUGUUGAAUCACAAAUCUUAUCAGGAUCAACAACAACAAUCAUCAAUAACAUCAUCAACAAUCUAUAAUACAACAAAUAUGAAUCAAUCAUCAUCAUCAUCAUUAUCAUAUACAAUGGCAGCGGCUGCAGCAGCGGCAGCCGCUGCCGCUGCUGCUGCUGGUAAUAUGGCCACAAAUUAUUCAUCAUCAACAAAUAGCCAAAUAUUUGUGCCAAAUAUGAUCACAACAAAUGGUAUAGGUGUUGGUGCUAAUUCUUGUAUCAAUAAUUCAACAGCAGCAGCAGCAACAACAACAUCAUCAUCAUCAUCGUCAUCAUCGUCAACAUCAUCGACAACAAUUAAUGGACAAUUGAUUAAUAAUAACGUGACCAAUUUAUCAUCAACACCAUCAUCGAUAACAAAUGAUACUGGUGGUGGUGGUGCAGCAGCACCAAAUCCAGAUGGACAACAAUGUUUAUCACCAGCUAUUCCGGCUUCGAAUAAUAAUCAACCAUUAUCACCGAUAUCAGCUGCAGCUACUAGUAAUAAUCAAAUGAAUGGAAUUCAUUCACCACCAUCAUCAUGUGGUCUAAGUAGUGUUUCAUCAUCUGCAUUACGUAUUGGUGGUGGACCUGGACAUACUAAUCUCAAUAAUAAUGAUUAUUCAACCAAUAGCUCUAUGGAUUCAAGCACAAAUGCAUUAUUACAACGUGCAAGAGCUGAUAAAACAUAUCGUCGUAGUUAUACACACGCUAAACCACCAUAUUCAUAUAUAUCGUUGAUUACGAUGGCCAUACAGAAUUGUCAGAACAAAAUGUUAACAUUAAGUGAAAUCUAUCAAUUCAUAAUGGAUCUAUUUCCAUAUUAUCGUCAAAAUCAACAAAGAUGGCAAAAUUCCAUAAGACAUUCAUUAAGUUUUAAUGAUUGUUUUUUAAAAGUGCCUCGUACACCGGAUAAACCUGGAAAAGGAAGUUUUUGGACAUUACAUCCUGAUUCAGGUAAUAUGUUUGAAAAUGGUUGUUAUUUACGGCGACAAAAACGUUUUAAAUGUGACAAAAAAGAUGGCUCAUCAUCAACAUCGACAUCAUCACAUCAUCGACAUUUACAUAAAAGUAGUAAUAGUAGUCUAUCAUCAUCAAAUAAUAGUAAUGGUAGUACAAAUAAUAAUAAAUCAUCAUCAAUCGAUGCUAAUAACAGUGGUCAUACAACAUUGAUUAAUAUGACAACAGCAGCGACUAAUAUGAAUAAUUAUAUGAAUGGUUUAAUGAAUAAUAAUAAUUCAUAUUUGACAUCACAUCAACAACAACAACAACAACAACAACUUGAACAACAACAACAACAACAAAGACAUUUAAAUGGUUUAAAUCAUCAACAGCAACAAUUAUUGGAUGAUUGUACAAAAAUUCAGGAUCAUCAUCAUCAUAAUCAUCAUCAACAAUUACAGAAUCAUCAUUCACAACAUCAACAUCAACAUCAUGGUGGAACAUUGAAUGAUCAUCAUAUGAAUCUGUAUGGUGGCCAUAAUCAUCAUCAUCAUCAUCAUCAAGGACGUACAAAUCAAUUAUUAACAGAUCCAAAUCUUAUACAUCAAACUACUAGUAUGUUUUUUACUGGCGGUGGGGCUAGUGGUGGUCAAUUGAAAACAGCAAAUGAUUUAGGACUUCAUUAUUUAGGACGUGAACAUAAUCCAUUUUCAAUACAAAGUAUAAUAUCAAGCGGUGAAGCCACUGCGGCCACCACUACUACCAAUAAUAAUAAUAAAGGAGACAUGAAAUUAUAUGAAAUGCAAUGUAAUGCAUAUAAUGGCAAUGGUAAUAAUGGUAAUAAUGGUGGUAACAAUAGUCCAUUAUCAUUAUCACCGAUGACACCAAAUUUACAUUCAACAGCAACGGCAGCUGCAACACAAAUGGCAAAUGAUUCGGCUGCCUAUUAUCAUCAUCAUUCACAUCAUCAUACACAUCCAGCAUCAUUAUAUCAUUCAACAUGAAAUCAAUUGA